AUGUCAUCUUCUGGAGCUGCUGAUGUAGGCGAGACAUCAGAAAAGAAGGAGGUGUUAGUACCUGCUGCGACUGGUAAAGUUCCAAACGACGCCGGUACUCAGAAAACAGAGAAAAUAGCUAAGAAGGAAGACAAGAAGGACACUGCUGGAGCAGGUUCUGAGACUGCUAAAAAAAGGAAGAAGAAGUCAAAGGGUGAUGCUACCGCUGCUGCUGCUGCUGCUGCUGCUGGUGAAAAAACUUCCUCCAAUGAUGCACAAUCAUCAACUCAAACUGCUUCUAUCGAGGCUCCUGUAGAAAGGAAAAGAAGAAGAAAGUCAAGGCACCUAAAGCUGGCAACAUCCGUAGAUGCGAACUCUGCCUCUGAAGGUCCAUCCAAGGACGACGGUGCCAAGAAGAAGAAGAAGAAAAAGAAGGUUAAGUCAGAGACUCAAGAAGAAUCUGCCGUAAAUGUUGAAGAUGAAAAAGAAUUGUCAUCAGCUGUAGCGUCAGAAGAAGGUUCAAAGAUAAGAAGAAGAAGAAGCAAGAAGGCUAAGAACGUUGAGACUUCUACUGAAGAAACAUCAACUGAACAGCCUUCUGAUGAGAAGAUCGCUUCGGAUGCACCUUCUAAGAAGAGCAAGAAAAACUCCAAGAAAGACAGCACAACUGUCGAAACAACGGUAGCCUCUAAUGAAACCACAGAAAAGAAAAAGAAAAAGAAGACCACAAAGAAGGAUGAUGAAUCCGCCAAGGUUGAAACAUCUGGAAAAACGGCACAGGUUAAUGGUGUGAACAUUUCAACUGAAGUAUUCGAUUUAACUCAUAUUAAAUCUGAUGAAAAGGCUCCGGUUGAAAUCGCUGAAGAUUAUAAGAUUCAUUCAAGAGUAGAUUACGGUACUAAAGGUACUAAGGUAGAUGUCUUGACCAAUCAUGUUGUCAUGGCUCUUGGUGACGAUGUUACCGGUUCUCAACAUUUCGAAAAAGAUCCAUGGUGGAAAGCUUCUUUCAUUUACACAUAUCACAUCGAUUUCCAUCCUCCUGAAAGCAACCAAAAACCAGGUAGAGGCGGACCACCUCCGCCACCUCCUGCCUUAUCUAAACCAAAGAAAUACGAAUUGAUGGAUGCUUUGUUUCAUGAAGAUGAAACAUUGUAUAAAUACAAAGACCGUAUAGCUUUCAAUGGCGAAGAAACUUUAUAUUCACAUAUUCCAUUAGAAGAAUUCACUCUUUUCGACGGUUGUUGGGAUGUUAGUAACAAACAAAAGAAAAACAUAUCAGUUGCUGACUUGAAAAAUAAUGACAAGGAUGAAAUAAAUGAAUUGACUUUUCAAAUUACGCUGAAAUUUGUCGCAAAAAUUGGUUUAGGUGAUAUUUAUAAAGGUACUUUAGGAAAAAAUCCAAGUGAACAGGAAAAUAAGAUGUCAGCGCCUGAAAAGACUGUCUUGCUCUCUUUAUUAGGUGUCAAAUUUAUGCAAGCUCAAGACCCAGUGUUCCAAGUUCAUGGUAAUAAAUUCUUUGUCUAUAAUAAAAAUGCCAUUGCAAUGCCUUUCCAACUAGGUGCUUAUUUGAUUCACGGUUUUGCCGUUUGCUUAAGGUACGCUUACGGUUCGGUAUUACUGAACGUUGUUAACGUCACUCAACCGUUUUAUAAGCACACCAAGUACUUACCAGGUCAUCCAAAAUUCGCCAAUAAUGAAAAGGAAGGUUACUCUUUAAUGGAUUGGAUUCUUGAAUGUUAUAAUCAAACAGAAGGUAGUAGAAAGAAUUCACCUCCAACUACCAAAGAUUUAAAUCUUUUUAUUGAAAAAAACAGAGACAUUAAAGAUUUAAUUAAGGGUCUUAAGGUUUACAGGCCUUAUAUCAACUACAGCAUCAACCCAGAUGGUACUUCAAAACCUCCAAGAAAGAUGCAAUCUAAAGGUAUUGUUGGGUUUGUAAGAGAAUCCGCUAAUUCAUUGAAAUUCAAGGCAUUACCUAGCGAUAUGGAAAAUACUGCACCAAGAAAGGAUGAAAAGGAAGUCAUGAUCUCUACAAAUGACUACUUCGCAAAGAAAUACGGUAUCAAGUUAAAAUACCCUGAUAUUAAAUUAGUCAGUUUAGGAGUUCAUAACACAGUUCCAGCAGAAUGUGUCACAAUAGUUCCAGGCCAAAGAUUAAAGGGCAAAGUUUAUGAUGAAAAGACUUUCAUUGAUUUUGCCGCUUUAAGACCACAAGAUAAGUUCAAAGCUAUCACAAAUUUGGCUUUACCUGCCAUCAAACGUGCCUUGAACAGUGAUGAAGAAACCGUUAAAGGUCCACAUGACUCUUCUUAUAACUUUUUGAGAGUUCCUUCGAGAGUUAUCGAUGCGCCAGUAAUACAAUUCAAAAAUUCUGUCAUCGAGUAUGUUGACAAACCAUUCGGUAGUGCCGUAAAAUCCUCUAAGGGUACUAAUGAGGAAUCUAAAGGUAACUGGAAUUUGAAGGGACAUCAAUUUAUUAAAACAUUAGAAGAAGAAUUAACAUUAAGAGCUGUCUAUAUCAAUGACACUGACAGAGCACCGCCAUUAAGUGUGAUGGAUGAGCUAAAAAAUUCUUUGAAAAAGUUUGCUACAGAUGUUAAACAAGUCGGUGUCAAGUUUGAUCCAUCACCAGCACCAAUUUUAAUAAAUAGUUUUGGUGGCCCUGUUAAAAAAAUGUUUGGCGACGGCAGUCGUGGAGGUCGCGGUGGUCGUGGUGGUCGUGGUGGCGGUUCACGUGGUGAUCGUGGUCAAGUUGUUUAUGAACUGAGUGAGGGCGAAGAAAAAUUAAGUAAUCUUCUCGAGAAUGUUCCUCCAAAAAGUUACAUUUUAUUCAUUUUACACCGUGACAACAAUUCAGAUAUAUACAACAGGUCGAAGUACUUAGCUGAUUUGAAAUAUGGUGUUAUCAACUCUUGUGUUGUUUGGAAUAAAUUCAGAAGGAACAACACUGAGUAUAACGUUAAUGUCUCGAUGAAGAUGAAUUUGAAGUUAGAAGGUAUUAACCAUUCUUUAAAUACUGAAAGUAUCAAUUUCAUGAACGAUGAAAAGACCGGCUUGCCCUUUAUGGUCCUAGGUGCUGAUGUUACGCAUUAUCCAGAAGAAGACCAAAAUUCUAUUUCGGCUUUAGUCGGUUCCUACGAUGACCAUUUUGCGCAGUUCCCAGGUUCCUACAUGUUACAAAGUGGUCCUGGUGAAGAACUUAUUUCCGGUAUCGGUAACAUGGUUCUUGAGAGAUUAAAGAUAUAUCAGAGACAUAACGAUGGUAAAUUACCUCCAAAGAUUCUUUUCUAUAGAGAUGGUGUUUCCGAAUCUCAAUUUUCACAAAUUGUACAAACUGAAGUAAGAGGCUUAAAGGAAGCAUUGAAGAAGCUUGGGUCAGCACUCCUAAACGGCACUAAAUAUAACCCACCUGUUACAACAAUUGCUGUUGUGAAGAGAAAUCAAACCAGAUUUAUGCCAUUGGAAAAGAACGCCGUCGAUGAAAAGGGUGAAACCGUCGCAGUACAAUCUAUGGGUAACGUUAUGCCUGGUACGGUUGUUGAUCGUGGUAUCACCUCUUCAGCGCACUUCGAUUUCUUUAUUCAAUCGCAACAAGCACUCAAGGGUACCGGUGUUCCAUGCCACUACUGGUGCAUCUACGAUGAGAACCAAUUUGAUUCUGACUACUUGCAACGUGUUACACAUGGUUUGUGUUAUCUCUUCGGUAGAUCAAGCACAAGUAUCAAGGUUCUUUCUCCAAUUUACUGCGCAGAUUUGUUGUGUGAACGUGCUGCACAAUUUUUCAGGGCAAAUUUCAUUCUAGCCAAGAGUGAACAUGAAAAAACAAGAAAGAACAAGAAUGACGUGAUAUCAGAGGGCAAACUACUUCAAGCAAUCAACGAUAGGGUCAAGGAUAUCAUGUACUAUAUUUGA